AUGCACAAGUUUGAACCAUUCGAAGUGCCGAACGAUGGGUACCCCGGUGUAGUCUUUCCCGAUGACUUGUGGCAUUGUUCACUGCAAUGCAGAUGUACAUUCACAUCUGAUGUCUUUACCACGGUGAUGCUAAAUCUGAUCAAGAAUCCCAAUAUCACGUCUAGCCAUCUGUUCCGCGCAGAUAUUCUCUAUGACAGCGAUAGUGAAUCUGUACCGAGUGGCGAUCCGGCAUUACAUCAAGUAGAAUAUCAGCCGAUCGAUGCACAGUGGCAGGGAUUUGAGAAGACCAGAACCAUAGUGCGCAGGUUGAUUCCUCGUAAUCCUCAACUUGACAAGUCGCUCGUGCAAACUUGUCAUUUCUUUCGAAACCAAGAACUCGACCUUAACGACCGGGACCAUGGAGCUAAAGAGAGCCUUCUUAUUUUGUAUGUCCCUCAUGUCCAGUCAGCAGAAGAGAUGCCGUUCUACCAUCCAGCGGUCUCUCAACUUGCAUUUUUGUUUGAGCACGCGACACUACCAUCUCUAAAUCAACCACAGAGCGGCACAAUCACGAUAUUAUAUCGUCUCUUCCCGAAUUCGAUCCUCGACAAUAAACUAUCUCGGACCGCUCUACGCUUAUUACAGAUAAUCUACAAGCAUGGGCAGGGCAUUCUGGCAGGGUAUGAGAAGCGUGUGCAUCUCGACCAGCUCAUUCCGCAGAAAAAAUAUCAAGAUACUUACACGAGACUCAAAAUGAAAUAUGGCAAACAGUUAGCGGAGCAGUGGGUCGAAGUGACGGAUCCCGGCAAGCAUGUUUUUGAAGACAUUGCCAUUGCAGCUUACCUGAUCGAACUUUGGAGCGACAUGUACUCUACACCAGGACAACUUGGCUCAGCAGAGGGAGGUUCGACGUCCAAGCCGGUGUUCCCUGGCUUCGUGGAUAUAGGUUGUGGAAACGGCAUCCUAGUCCACAUUCUACUCAGCGAAGGUUACGCAGGCUGCGGCUUCGAUGCCCGAGAGCGGAAGACAUGGACGAUUUUCCCCAAGAGCACGCGUGAGAAGCUCGAAAGGCGAAUCUUGGUGCCAGAUGUUUUUCAAAAGACCAACCACCAGGAAGGGGAUGAGUCAUGGCACACUGGGAUGUUUCACAAUGGUGAAUUCAUUAUCUCAAAUCAUGCUGAUGAACUGACUCCAUGGACGCCAUUACUCGCUUUUCUCAGCGGAUCAGCUUUCGUCGCCAUCCCAUGCUGUAGCCACGAUCUAUCAGGAGCACGAUUCCGAGCGCCGAAGGGCAAGAAAAUGCCAUCAGCAUAUGCUACGCUUUGCUCCUAUGUGGCGAGUCUAGCAGAAGCUGUUGACUUCAUACCUGAGCAAGAUGUCUUACGCAUUCCGAGCACGCGGAACCAAUGCAUCAUUGGGCGCAAAUCACGAAAACGCACGAGAGUCAUCCAGCUUGUGGAACGCGAGACAAAGUCAAGCAUCGCGCUCGUAGCCAAAGACUGGGUCGACCGUGCACAAAAAUUGAUGCUCAAACCUGCCAGUGGCCACUAA